AUGUUCAAGAAAGAUAAACGUCCAGCAGACAAUACGUCUACAUUAUAUAAUGGAAUUUCGAGUCCAUUAGCAGAACGAAAAGAAAAGACACCGUCACCUAUAUCAUCAAAUUUGGAAGGAACAAAUAAAGUAGUGGCUUCUGCAUCGUCGCAGUCAACAACAGAACCAGUAUCAUGGGAUACAUUAGAUCUAUUUGCUGUCUUUGAUGUGUCCGAAAAUGCUGCUACGACUGCAAAAUCGUCAACUAUAACACGGCAAUCAAAACCAGUUGUUUCUUCUUCAACACUGCAACCAUCUGCACUACAAGCGCCAUAUAAACGAGGGACGCAAUCAGCAUCUACAACAGCAGAUCAAAUUCAAGCUGAUAAAAUGGAAGUAAUACAUAUUAUUGCAAACUAUGCGGUGGAACCUCUCGAAAUGUUGCAUCUUGUUGAUCGUUGGUUUCAGCAACUUCUCGAUGAAUUUUUGAAACAAUGUGAUCAUUUUAAACAUCGAUUAGGUGAAAAAUGGCAAAAUCAAGAAUUAACAAAUAUUAAAUAUGAUGAUAACAGUGAUCGAAUUCGUAAAAUUAAUAAUAUAUACAAGGAACUAGAAAGAGCACGUGAUACUAUACUCUCACGUGAAUCAUUUGAUGAAUUGAAUAAUUAUUUACGAACAGUUGAUGAUACUACAAGAGAUGAAAUAAAAGAAAAAUUUAAUUUAUUACUUCAAGAUUAUGUUCGAAUUUUACAAUGUUUACAGUUCGUUGAUAGAGAAAUCAAAAGUGGUAGUACAGAUAGUAAUAUCAAUGAUAUAAAGAAGAAUUUAUUGAAAUUAAAAGAAUUAAAUAACAAACAAUCACAUACAAUUUGUAUUGUUGGUUUAGAAAAAGCUGGUAAAUCAACAUUUAUUAAUGCACUUCUUGGUUAUGAACUUUUACCAACAGCAAGUGAACGAUGCACACAAAUACGUACCGUUCUCAAACCAACAUUUGAGGAUGAUGGUCAGCAAUUGUUUGCAACUGUCAAGUUCUAUGAUGAUCAAGAAUUUCGUGUAUUUUUCGAUAAAAUGACAAAGAAAACAGAUGAAAAUCAACAACAAUUUGAUCAACGUAAAGGAAAAGUGAUGGAAGAACGAGAAAUUAUAAAAGGAAAAUUUCCUGAAGAACAUUUCUAUAUUACUGGUCGAAUUGAUGAAAAUAGACAACGUGCGGGUAUUAUUGAUCAAUUACACAAAUAUAUAACAGGAGAAGUAUAUGUUAAUAUUAUUAAAGAAAUUGCAAUUUACACAGACAGACUACCAGGUAUGUAUUCAAAAAGAAGAAUGAAUUGAAAAUCAUCAAACCAGUCGGCUAUAAUUAGAGAUCGACAUGACCCAAAAAAUGAUAGUUACAUCAGUGUUUAGUUAUAACCAAUAUUUAUAUUUUAGAUUGUUUCGCUUCUGAAGUCUGUAUAAUUUGGAUCUCAUAAAAUUUCAUUCUUAAAUAAUUAAAACAAGAAAGCAAACUAAGCUGUAUGCGUUUUGAUAGUGGCGGAGCCAGAAAAAAAAUUCUGAGGAGAGGAUCGAAGGUUUCUCGAUGCGACUGAAGCCUAUCAGUCUUUCGUUGGUUUCGUCACUAUGUUUUGAAAAAUAUUUCUUUUAACUUUAAAGUAAGUUCCUGUGUACAUUUAUCAUGUUUGAUAGUUAAUUCAAUUUUAUCAAUCUAGUAGUGCGCAAUAUCAAAUUAGUUUUUUAAUAUAAUGAUCAGAAUAGUCCUACAGAAACAUUGUGAGCUUAGAGACAAGCAGUUGAUAUAAAACAAGAACAGGAAACAUGAGAACAGCAAAGGAAAGUAAAUGAAAAAGAAGAAUGAAAGACAAACUAGAUACAGUAACUACGGACUUUACAGAUCCAUGUUUUUGUGGAUCCGACCAAGCUCGGGUCUGAAGAAUCCAGCAGGUUCCGAAUAGCCGCAUUCCUAUUCAUAUCAUUAAUCAGUUUGUUUUUCUAUUUUGCUACAAAAACUCGUGUCUAAGAAAUGUCUAUCACAACAAACAAUUUACCAUAACAGAUUAAAUAAUGAGUAAAGAAGAAUGGAAUGAUACAAAUAGGGAUGUACUUUCAACCAUUACCGCCACGAGUGGCUUAGCCAGUGAACGCGUGAGAAACCCACGGUGAGGACCGCUGUUCAUCAUCGCAGAUUCUUCAUGUGCUUACCGGUUUCACUGUUAGUCUCACAGUUGCAUCCCUAGAUGCGGAUGAGCACACAGCAGAUAUUCUGACACUGUCUGUAUGUACAGAAAAAUCUUGAAAAUGUCUUGUAGAACUCUCCUAAUAAUUCAAUAUCGUGUAUUGUACAUGAAAUGAAUGCUCCUUUCUAGAGAUGUUGAUUAUUCAUGUAAAUUCAAUUUUUGAAACCAAUCUUUCAUAAGCGACUAAUUUUUGAACACACGAUAUCUUGAGAAAGCAACACUUGCUUCAGAUAAAAUUUUCAGAAUAUUCUACGAAUGAUUAGAUCUAUCUUUGAGGAAAAUUUCAUUUUCUUAUGGACAUAUAAGAAUAGAUCGAAAAUUCAGUAAAAAAGUUAUUACUCUUGGCAAUUGGCUAUGGGCACGAAUUCUUCUAGGAUUUUCUCCUUCUCAUUGAGUCCUAUUCAUAGCCAAAACAUUGAGUCGAACGGCGCGUCCGACUGUUGAUAAUGUUCUCUAGUAAGCCAAUAGAUGAGAUAUUUAAAGGAGGUACACUCUUUGAUGAGAUAAAUACUGCAGAUUAGGGUUUUUCAUCUGCGGUGACCGUUUAGUCCAUCAUUAGUUUACUCAUUACUUUCGUUAACACUUCGUCUGCUCGAAAGCACAUUGAUGUUAUUCGCCAUGUUAAAGUAGAUAUAAUAGUACAGAGUCAAUGAUAAGAAAACAUCACAUUAUAAGUAAUAAAAUUAAUUUUGUUUCUACUUUUUCUGUAUUUAUAACAGGUAAGAAUUAUGAACUUCUCGACGUUCCUGGUUUUGAUUCUCCUAUCAAAG